AUGGCUGUUUGUGACAUGAAAGUAAUGGAUACACUAAACCUGUUUUAUAGUUUAUCAAUGCGCUUCCAACUGGCAGUUGUCAACCAUGUUUAUUUGCAGAUGACAUCCCCAUCGUCUCUUUCAUAUUUAUGCAAAACAUAUUGUGUCGCCAGGUUAAAACAGAGACAAUUAUUGAAGUCUAGAAAGCAGAAAGCUUCUGAAAUUACAAGAUUAGAAUUUGAACUGCUGAUAAAAGUGACUUGUAAGAUUGGCCACAUAAAUCACAUGGAACUUAUGACGACCUGGAAUGACUCCUUAUCUGAAUGA